AUGUCAGGACAAGGGUUAGAAGCCAGUCUAAGGCCAAGUAGAAGCGGGGUUGGUGAGCGGAUUAGUAGAAGUGGGUGUUCCGAACGGAAGCAAGGAGGCUGGGCGAGGAUUAAGCGAGCGGGCGGGGCUCGGCCUGCGGGGGCGGAAGCGCAGCGAAGGCGUAGCCCGACCCAGGCAACCACGGGGGCUGGCGCCGUGGAGCCGCAGAUGGGUUUGCCUGAGCUGCUGCACGUCUUCUCCUUCUUGGAGGCCCGAGACAUGCUCUGCGUCGCCCAGGUGGAUAAGGUCUGGAAUGAGGCUUCAAGGACCAAGGAACUGUGGAGGCAGCUGUGUCUGAGACGCUGGUCCUCCUGUAAAGCCUCCCAGACGACCCUGGGCACACAGACAUGGAAACAGUACUAUCUCUGCUGAUCCGAGCUGGAGUUCCGAAUGGAAUCUGGGUGGCCAGAGAAGGACUUUAUCUGCAAAGCCAUUGCUGGGCACAAAGGAGAGAUAGAUGAGCUGGCCUACAUCUCAACCAAAGAGUACUGGUUUGAUGGGCGGGAGAAGUCCGUGGUGUGCACCGUGUCGUCAGAUGGCACCGUGUGUGCCUGGGAUCUGCAAGAGGGCACGGAGAUCUGUCGAGCCCUCUACAGCCUGCAGCUCUGGUGAAUUUGGUGACUUACCCUCGGCUGCAACUGGUUGUCACCGUGGACGAGCGGGGACUGAUCAAAGUAUGGGAAGCAGAGAACGGGUGUGAGCAAGCCUCCUGCCUGCCUACAUACUCGUCUUCAUUGGAGGCCUGUGACUUUCCAGAAGGCCCCCUCCUGCUGAUGAGUGACCCAGCUCUCAGGAACCUCUGCUGUUUCCCAGGGUCUGUGGACCUGGCACCAGAGCACUGUGCCAGGUGGCACUUCAAGCCAGGCCCUCCACAUGGCAGACCAAGUGACCACAUAAUUCUGCUCAGUCCCCCAAGCUCCUCCUUGCCUGCCACGUGGAGGGCAGACUCCUCAUCCCCCUUCGGCUCUAGUGUGCCACAGCCUGUUCCCUGGCCCCAUCUCUGCAGCCUCUCCCCCUUUCAGAGUGAGGUCCAGCCCUGUGGGCUGCCUGUGUUUUCUUGUCCACGGGCCCCUGCUUUCCUGUCUCCUGGUCCUACUCAUAGUCUUUCUUCCCCUUGCAGUUCCUUCUCACUACUGCAUUCUCACCCUUCUUUCCCCCUUUUCAAGUCUCCAUGAGGGCCCAACUCAAAGGAAAACUGAGGCAUGUUCGACAGAAUGCAAGCAUUUGCCUCAGAUGAUGAAGGCCUUCUGUUGCCAGGACAUUUGUUUUAGAGGUGAUUCUUGGGCAUUGGGAGGGAGCAUUUGGCCAGAGAGAAAUGGCAAAAGUGGGUGUUAGCUGGCAGAUUGAGGAAGUAGCUCUCACCUGGGGGCAGUAUCCUCCUCCUGGAGGGAAGGAGGUCUUUGAAAGUGUGGGCAAACUGGCAUCCCAAAUAUCAAGAUGAGCAGACAUCCAGGAACAGUUUCAUAUGUAAACAGAACUAACUCUGUAAAAGAAC